CAGUUGGGGCAGGAGUUUAAGGAUGUGGUAACAAAGUUAGCAGACAAAAAAGCCAUUUCAAACAAUUUGAAAUGGGAUCUAAACAAAGAUUUUUCUCUGACUAUUAAAAACAUUUCUGAAGAUGAUGAAGGAAUGUACUUCUGUGGACAAAAUGAUGGGGUCAUUUUUACGUUUUUUAAUGUGAUAUUCUUGGCUGUGACAGAUCAACCUCAAUUAAACAUAUCAGUGCUCCAAACUCCAGUACGGGGGUCAGUUUCUCCAGGAGAGUCGGUCACUCUGCAGUGCACGGUCCUCUCUGAGAUCAGAGCAGCAGAUCUCCGAGUGCUCUGGUUCAGAGCUGCUGCAGGACAAUCCUUUCCUGAAAUCAUUUACACUCAUCAGAACAGCAGCAGCCGUCAGUGUGAGAUCAGCUCUUCUACAAACAGCUCUGUGUACAACUUCUCCAAGAACAUCCUCGACCACGACCAUACUGGAACUUACUACUGUGCUGUGGCUGCUUGUGGGAAGAUCAUUGUUGGGAAUGGAGCAGCAGUAAAACUCAAGGGGCCUAUGGAUCCUGUUAUAAUCUUUCUGGGAGCAGCUUUGGGAGUGUGUGUGGUUGUGAUCGCUGCUGAAACCUUUAUAAUCUGUAAGAGGAGAAACAGUGACCACGGCAGUGGGAGAAAACAACAAGGUUCAUCAGCAGAGAACACAACCAGUCAGACUGCUGAGAGUCUGAAUUACGCUCCCAUCCAUUUAAAAGAGAACAAAGCCAAACCUGGACGAGUGAAGAGAGAACAGCCUGAAGACAUUGUUUACUCUCAAAACAUCCUCGACCACAACCAUACUGGAACUUACUACUGCGCUGUGGUGGUUUGUGGGAAGAUCAUCUUUGGGAAUGGAACAUCAGUAGAACUGAAUCAUCCAAUGCAUCAUCUGCAUUUGCUGGUUGUUGUCAUGGGAGUGGCACUGGGCUUGAGCUUAAUGUGGAAUAUCUGGAGCUGGAGGAGAGGGAGCUGCAGCGGCAAAACAUCUCAGUCUGUCAUUCACAGUUUCUCAGAGGAGCUUCAAGUCCAGGACUCUGACUCUGAGGAGUUUGAUUUCACUGCAUUACGUUUCUCUGAGAAGAUGAAGAGAAGAGCGCUAAAGGAGAAAGUUUUCACCCGAGUGAGAUUCUUCCCUGUUUCUGACUACAGAGCAAUUCAGUAA